CAUUCAUAACCUUGUAAGACCAAUUCAAAGUGAAGACACAAGUCUUCUUCAUCUACUUGGACACACAGACUCUUGAGUUUUCUCAUUUGUUUCUUCUUCUUUGCAUACUUUCAAGAUUGGUUUUGGGAACAAUAACAAUCAUUAAUUUGAGAUAGGAAGCAGAAGGUUUUUUUCUUAUGUUUGGGACUUCCAUGGAUACCUCAUCAUCAUCAUCUUCCACCACCACCAACAGGAAGAAGAAGUCUGACUUCUUUAACAUCAUCAAGACUGGGAAAUUUCUUAGAUCAUCCUCGUCUUCGGGGGAUACCGGGAAAGGGCGGAGCAAGUCAUCCAGUAGCAGAGUAGCUCAUGGGUUCCACUUAGUGGAAGGUAAAGCAGGUCAUGACAUGGAGGACUACCAUGUUGCAGAAUACAAAACUAAAAAGAACCGUGAGCUUGGGCUGUUUGCUAUCUUUGAUGGACACCUUGGUGACCGUGUGCCUAGUUAUUUGAAAGAAAACCUCUUCAAAAACAUACUUGAUGAGCCAAACUUCUGGAAUGACCCUGAGGCGGCGAUAAAAAGUGCAUACAGUUCCACAGAUAAAUUCAUUCUCGAAAACGCCUCAAGAUUGGGUCCAGGUGGCUCAACAGCAGUUACUGCAAUUGUUAUUGAUGGUAAAGACUUGUGGGUGGCGAACAUAGGCGAUUCGCGGGCAGUAUUAUGUGAGAGGGGUUGUGCUAAUCAGCUGAGUGUGGACCAUGAACCACACACUGAACGUAAAAGAAUCGAGAAGCAGGGUGGCUUCGUGAUUACUCUGCCUGGAGAUGUGCCCCGUGUUAAUGGCCAACUUGCAGUUGCGCGUGCAUUUGGUGAUCAAAACCUCAAGGCACACUUAAGUUCAGAGCCGGAUAUCAGGCAUGUGCCAAUAGAUCCCACUAUUGAGUUUGUUAUAUUAGCAAGCGAUGGCUUAUGGAAGGUUAUGAACAAUCAAGAGGCUGUUGAAUUAGUGAAAUCAGUAAAAGACCCACAAGUGGCAGCAAAAAAGUUGACAAUGGAAGCGUUGGAAAGGAAGAGUAAAGAUGACAUAUCGUGUAUAGUCAUCCGUUUUGGAGGCUGAAACAAUCGGGAUGGCCAAGCUAGCACUACGUGUUUGUUGUAUUCGUAUUUUUUUUCUCCGGGUGGAUGUUCCUUCUCUGAACAGGAGCUGAGCUUCUACUGCAGAUACAAGGAGUGAAAAUGAGAGUGGUCAAUCUAUAGUAGAAUCAUCAUCUUUGUUCAUGGACUAGCAGUAGCGUAAUAGUGAUGAAGCAAGCACAUAGCAGUGAGAGGUCUAUGUAUAUACUACUCUAGCAAGCUAGCUCAUUGUUAGCUAGCAAAACAGAGGCAGCAAAAUGGAACCAUCUCUUUUUCUUUCUCUUCUUAGAUGUGAGAUAGUAAUGCUCUUAUUAGCUAUUAAGAGAACCGGUAGUGAUUUCGUGUACUUUUUUGCUUGAACUUUAACGUGUAUUUUGUGUAUAUUAUGAUGAUCAAACUAUACCUGCACAUUUUUCUUGAUCACAA